GGUCUAAAUAGCUUUAUGCAUAAAAACCUCAUUUUCAUUCGAUUUAUUAUCAUUUUAUUAGCCUGCUGCGACGUAAUAUUCGAAAGUGAUGUAAAUGCUGUGGAUAUCAUGCAAGAAAUGUGCCGAAAUGUCCUGAAGCAUCAUCAAGUCGAUCCGCGAGUUCGAGAUGCACUUACAAUGGGCAAAUUGACCCCACAAAGUUCUAGUCUUUGUCGAGAAGAAGUUCUGGCGAGGUGCGGCAUCGAUUUAUCAGCCUUUUUGGCAGAAAGAGAACGACUAGGAAAAUCUUAUAAACAAGUUCUGGAAGAGAUUAGGUCAUUCAACAGUUCCCUAUGCCUAAAAAUGAAUUUCGGGAUACCUCUGUCGCAACUGGGAACACCACAUCUUAUAAGAUAUCAUAUUUUAAUGCCUCACAGUGCCAUAAGGCAAGAACGCCGGACUCCUCCGCAUGCUGGAGGUCUUCACCCAGCAUUGAGAGAAAGAGGUAGAGCAAUUCCUUCUUCACAUAUUGUGCCUAAGAUUCAGGGUAGGCUGGACCACGACACUUCACCUAUAAAAAUAAGACCCACAAUGGGAGGAGCCGGACACGUUGUGGCAGCACCAAAAGGAAACUCUACUAUGGGAAUUAUUAUGCCUUUGUACACUGUGGGCAUAGUGCUCUUUUUCCUGUACACCAUGUCUAAGGUACUGAGAAAAAGUUCAGGUAGCGAGAUUAUUUCGAAUCCUUAUUCAAACGCAGAAGCUGAAAGGGAAUUUCAAAAGAUGGUCUUUAAUCCCGAGGUGUUUACUAAGGCAAUGAGUGGUGGCACGAAGUAUUUUCAAAAAGAACGUACCCCGUCACCAAUUAGGCCUGCUCCAACGAUAGAAGAGUUGAAUGAACAAGCAGCAGGAGAUAUAGAGAUAGAUCAGCUGCGGCGACGAUUGGUCGAGACGGAAGCAGCCAUGGAACGAAUUGUUGUUCGGAUGGGCAACUUAUCUCGUUCGGUUAUGCAUAUAUCAAGCCCGCAGCCCGAAUGCAAGGACGAAGAAUUAUGUGAUAAAAAAUAUGAGUUAGAAGACAUUGACGAUUCGCAUGGAGAAGUUAAAGUUGUGGGUAUGGAAAUGACGACAAGUUGCGAGGGUGGCCAAAAAUGUAGUCGACCUACGACUCCUACAUUCCCUGCUCAUAAUAGUCAUAUUGAACGAGAGGAAACGCCACCAGUGCCAAUUUAUUUGGAAGGUGCACUUCCUUCGCAGUGUGAACUUCUCGUGACAGAUUCGAAAACGCAGGAAGUGAAGGAAGAAGAGAGCGUGGAGGCACCAGUCAUUCUCUCAGGCAAAAUGACACUUUCCCUCAUCAGUCUCGACCAGAUUGCACCUGAAGACGAAGUUGUUACGAAAAUAACCAAGAGGAACGAUGGACCGGGAUCGGGUAAGGACGAAAGCAAACGUCUUUCUAAGAAAGAUAGCGAUACGCGAAUAAGUGUCAAAAAGGAAAGCGAGGACGAUGAUAAAAUUCAAGUUAAGAAAGUCGACGAGUACAAAGAUAAUGCAGCACCUGGUGGCAAAGAAGAAGAGGAGGAAGAAAAUGAAAAAGAUGAUAAUAGUGAAGGCGAAAUCGAUAAUAGAAAAGCGACAUUAUUCUUGCAUAAUUCAGGUAACAAAACCAAUUUAUUGAUAACACAAUAUAGUUCUCACGACAACGUGGAUGAGUAUAAAGAAGAGGAAGAUGCUUAUGAUGCAGAUGAAGACGAUGCAGAAGAAGUAGACAAAUUCAACGAAGCAUUGAAAGAGACAGAGGAGGUAGAAGAAAUGGUAAAAUAGGAAAUAGAUGAGGAAAAAGUAGUAGCGGUAGAUGACUAAAACGGAGAAGAGGAAGAAGGAGAAGAGCUGGAGGAAGAUGAGGACGAAGACAAAUGAGCCUAAAGCGAAGCAAAAUUUUUUAAUUAUAGACCAGCAGAAUUAAGAUAAGAAAGAGAAAUACUGUAAAUUACUGGAAAACUCAGUUCUAGUUUUUUUAUCUACCGAUUAAGCCUUUAACGACCAAUGUUGCAGCUGAGCAACAUUCACUAUUUUCGAUUUUCCUAAUUUUCAUGUAACGAGUUUAGAAUUUCACAAAAUCAAUGCGUCCAUUAGAACAAAGUGGACUAUUUCGCAUCUCAUAAGGUGUUCGCAAGUUAUCUUACAAUCAAUAGAAACUGAGCAAAUGAUAAAAAUGUAAAAAACUUUUUUUGCAAAAAUUGAUCAAAAAAUUACCAUACAUUCUUCCAGAAUUUUUUCAACAAUUUUUAUUUAAGGAGAUCAAGCCUUUGUCCUUAAAGGGUUAAUAAGGAAUGAAAAUAAACUAUACGAUUAUCAAUCGCCGUUUUUGAAAUUAGAAUUGUUUCAACAGGACUUCUUCUAUUGUAUAUUAUAAUUAUAUUUGUAUAUACUUAAUUUACUAUCGAGUUUAUCACAUGUAAUUAUAUAACAUCUUAGCAACGCAUUUCUUUAUUUUUUAUAAAUGCAAUCAUGACUUGAUAAGAGUAGCCAAAGGUUCACAGCUGCAUGUUCCUCAAAUUUGUAAUCAUUAUUGUAGCAUCUUUCUCGAAGGAAACAGUAUUUAAUUUUUUUUUGUUAUGUGGUAAUUUCAAAUGGUAUAUAAUAUACAUUGAGGUUCGUUUUAUAAUUAACACAUUAUGUUCAACAUUUCUUGCUCUACAUAAAUUCGAACAAGAAAUAUUUGUAGAUUUCUUAAAGGCAUGGAGUGAUAAAGAAUCAACUAAUGAUUUUCGUAUAAUUGGGACAGUCACCUAUGACAUUUAGGUACAUUUUUUUAACGAUUCCUGUGAAGGAAUAGCAAAGUAAUUCUGUAAACCAGAUCCACUUGUGUUCAUAUAUAACUAUUUCUAUGCGCUGGAAUCGAUUAUAACGCAAAAGUAUUUAGAAAAUUAAUCAAACGAACAACAGACUGAAACAACAUUUGUAGCAGGAAAUAAUACCUGCAUAAAAAAUUAAAAAUUGGUUAAAUUCCAAUAGUUGUUCCGUGGCUUAUAUUAUCACAGUUCCACAUUGAAUUUGUUUGAGAAUAGUAUGAACUAUAAAUCUUAAUUUGAUUAUUUUGCUAUAAAAACAUGAUUAAAGUAUGUCUGUAGCAGAAUUUGCUAGUCUUAGGUCAUUUACUAAGCCUGGAAAGUUGUUUUUAUUUAAAUAUUUCAAAAAAAAAUAAUGUUAUACAAAUGCACUGCUGUAUCGUGAAACCCCAUCGAAAAACAUAAGAUUUUCAUAUGUCAUUUAAAUCGUGAUAAAAAUUACAUCGACUGGUACACUAAAA